AUGCUUGAUUUCAUUCAAGAGCUCAAUGAAGCAGAAGAUCAAAAUCAACUGUGUGAUACUCCAACCACUCUUUAUAUCGAGCCUCCUGUGGAUGGCAACAAAUCUGGCGAAGAUGACGCUGAAGAUGAUUGUGCGGGCAUUCCAGAUAAUGUUUGCCCGGCUCAGCUAAGAGGUGGCUGGGAAGUUGUUAUGGCUAGUGGGCGACGUAUUCAAGGUUUCGAUGAAGAGGAGGAUAUGGGAGCACCAAAUCCAGGAGAUUUGCCUGUUAUUGAGGUUGAAGACACUUAUAAUGAGAUGGAGGAUGAAGAAACAACGGCUAAUCGUUCAGAAUCUCCAAUGAGGAAGCGCUUACGUAAAAUUGAACCGAAACCUUCAAACGUUGCAUUGCCAUCAGGAAAAAAGGAAACUGUAUUUGAAUGGGUCAAGAAGAAAUCGCCAUCUCUAAUUCCAAUUUUUCCAAGCGCAAAUUACGAAUAUUGUCGCCAUGCACUUCUACUCGAACAGUUUGAAAAAUUUUUUGAUGACACAUUAUUGGAACAUAUUUGCGAACAAAGUGCGUUAUAUUCGGUGAAACAGAAUAGAUCGAACCCAAAUAUAACAGUCAGCGAACUUAGAGCAUUCAUAGGCAUAUUGAUCGUCACUGGCUACAAUUAUCACUCCAAUUACAAACAUUUGUGGAGUCAGGAUGAAGAAAUUCGGAACAAUCUUGUCAGUAACACCAUGCGUCGGAAUCGUUUUCAAGAGAUUUUGCAAAAUCUCCACUUCGAAGAAAAUUCCAAGGUUUCUUCAAAAGACGCCCCAAAUCCUGACAAAAUUUGGAAACUGCGGAUUAUUUGA